AUGUUUCUGAAGGCUGUGGUCCUGGCCCUGGUGGCUGUCACCUGCACCCGGGCUGAGGUCAACCCUGACCAGGUGGCCAACGUGGUGUGGGGCUACUUUAGCCAGCUGAGCAACAAUGCCAAGGUGGCUGUGGAACAUCUCCAGAAGUCUGAGCUCACCCAGCGGCUCAACACCCUCUUCCAGGACAAACUUGAGGACGUGAACAUUUACGCCAGUGACCUGCAGAAGAAGCUGGUGCCCUUCGCCACAGAGCUCCAUGAGCGCCUGAUCAAGGACUCGGAGAGGCUGAAGGAGGAGAUUCGGAAGGAGCUGGAGGAUCUGCGGGCCCGACUGCUGCCCCAUGCCGAGGAAGUGAGCCAGAAGAUCGGCGACAACGUGCGCGAGUUACAGCAGCGCCUGGGGCCCUACGCGGAGGAGCUGCGCACCCAGGUCAACGCGCAGGCUGAGCACUUGCGGAGCCAGCUGACUCCGUUAGCGCAGCGCAUGGAGACAGUGCUGCGUGAGAACAUGGACAACCUGCAGGCCUCCCUGACACCCUACGCUGAUGAGCUCAAGGUCAAGAUCGACCAGAACGUGGAGAAUCUCAAGGGGCAACUUGCACCCUACGCCGACGAGCUCAAAACUAAGAUCGACCAGAACGUGGAGGAGCUGCGCCGCAGCCUGGCCCCCUAUGCCCAGGACGUCCAGGAGAAGCUCAACCACCAGCUCGAGGGACUGGCUUUCCAGAUGAAUAAGAACGCCGAGGAGCUGAAGACCAAAAUCGAGGCCCAAGCAGACGAACUGCGGCAAAGGCUGCAAUCUGUGGCCGAGGUUGUGCGUGGCAAGCUGCAGGGCAACACCGAGGGGCUGCAGGAGUCGCUGGCCGAGCUAAGCAGCCAACUGGACCGCCAGGUGGAGGAGUUCCGCCGCAACGUGGGGCCCUACGGCGAGACCUUCAACAAAGCUUUGGUGCAGCAGGUAGAGGAGCUGAGGCAGAAGCUGGGCCCAUUUGCGGGGGACGUGGAAGGCCACUUGAGCUUCCUGGAGAAGGACCUGAGGAACAAGGUCAACUCCUUCUUCAGCACGCUCAAGGGGAAAGAGAGCCAGGACCAGCCCGUCGCCCUCCCCCUCCCCGAGGAGAAGCAGGCUCCAGAGCCACUGGAGAGCUGA